GCGUGUCGUGGCUGUGGCGCUACCCUCGCUGUCCCAUCGUCCCCAGGAGCCCUGCGUGGCCGCGCUGGCGCGGGUGGAGCGGACGGACUUCCUCUCCCCGAUGUGCAUUGGCGAGGUGGCCAACGUCAGUGCCGAGAUCACCUACACCUCCCGGCACUCGGUGGAGGUCCAGGUCAAUGUCAUGUCUGAAAACAUUUUAACAGGGGCAAAGAAGGUGACGAACAAGGCGACGCUGUGGUACGUGCCGCUGUCCCUGAAGAAUGUCAACAAGGUCGUUGAGGUUCCCCCCAUCCAGUAUGCGAGAAAGGAGCAGGAGGACGAGGGGAAGAAGCGUUACGAGGAGCAAAAGCUGGAUCGGCUGGAAACUAAGCAGAGAAACGGCGACGUGAUCUUCCCCGUCAUCAACCCAGACAGGCAGACGAAAGAGCCGCACACCGUUGGCUACAGCCAGUCCAGCCUGAUCCACCUGGUGGGACCGUCGGACUGCACGCUGCUGGGCUUCGUGCACGGAGGUGUCACCAUGAAGCUCAUGGACGAGGUCGCCGGGAUUGUGGCCGCCCGCCACUGCAAGACCAACAUUGUCACUGCCUCGGUGGACGCCAUCAACUUCCACGAGAAGAUCAAAAAAGGCAGCGUCAUCACCAUUUCGGGGCGCAUGACCUUCACGAGCAAUAAAUCCAUGGAAAUCGAAGUCUUUGUGGAUGCUGACCCCUUCGUGGACGAGCCACGGGAGCGGUACCGUGCCGUCAGCGCCUUCUUCACCUACGUCUCCCUGAGCAAGGAGGGGAAGCCCCUGCCUGUCCCGCAGCUGCUGACGGAGACGGAGGAUGAGAAGCGGCGCUUCGAGGAAGGGAAGGGCAGGUACCUCCAGACGAAAGCCAAGCGGCAGGCGCAGAUGCAGCAGGCUGCCCGGCAGUGACCCCGUCCUGCGCCGCCUUCGCCCGCCAAACGUCCCGGUCCCCGUUCAUGUUGUGUCCGGUCUGCCCCGGGCCUCGCGCCUUCGCCCGCCCCAGCCUGCCGCCGGAGCUGCCGCGGCUGCUUCGCUGCUGAUCGGUUUAGCGCCGUAGACCUCGUGCUUUAGGUGGCUUAAGCACCCCGAAAGCCCCCGGGGAGCCCUCCCG